AUGAGUUUAUUCAAUAUUGUUUAGCUAGGAUGUCAAUUAAAAAUAGCACAAGGAAAAAUAGCACAAGGAAACUAAACACACUCUGCUUGCUUUUAUUUUCUUAUUUCUCGAUCAUUCCAAGAGAAGCAUUAUAUAACAUUUGACUUGAAGUAAAUAGACAUCAGAGUGAGGGAAACUCAAAUCCUCCAUCUUUAUGCAAUAAUAAUAGGAUUAAAAAUCUAUUAGAAAUAAUAUGAAGAGAGCUUUCGAAGAUACAUAUCUGAUAGAUUGAAUGAAUAGAAUUUGAAAAUCUAAAUAUUAUUGCAUUAACAAAGGAUAAUCUAUUAAAUAUGGGAAUAUGUGUUUCAGAAAUUUCAAUAAUUGAAGAAAAUAGUCUAAAAGGAUCUGAUAUUCAAUUUUAUCUUUGUCAUUUCUAAAAUUUUGGUGGGGAUGGAGAAUCCUUUCAUAGAUGUUUCGAAAUUAAGAUAUUUAAUAAUUGAUGAAGCAGAUCAAUAAUGAGAAAAAAUGAAUAAAAUCAGCCAAUAUUUAAUACAAUAAAAUUGAUUCAUUCACCUUAAAAU